AUGAGAAUCAGGGAAAAAUCGCAAUCGCGAGUCGACAAGAAGUCCGUGAGUGAAAUCGCAAGCGCGAGCUGGAAAAAAUUCGUGACUGAAAUUGCGAGAUCGAGAACUAGAAAAAUUGCGAGAAAGAAAUCACGAGAAGAGAAUCGCGAGGGGAAGAAAGCGAAAUUGGAAAACAUUCGAGAAGGAAAUUCGCAAGUCGAGAAGGAAAUCUGGGGAAGAACUGGUGUGAACUUGGAGACGAUUCUCAAAGAACUCGACAUAAAGAGUCAAAGACUAAUUGUGAAGACGAGGAGAAAGAAAAGCGGUGUUGAGCAUUUGAGUUGGGCUUAA